AGGUUUGAGAGAGAGAGAUAAAAGGUCGAGAAAGUCUUUUCAUCUAUCUUCCCCUUCAUCUCCCUCUCUCUCUCUCUCUCUCUCUUCUCUUCUUCAGAAUGCUCAUAAGAAAUUAUCUCCUUUUCGUUUCCUUGAUGUGUUUUCUCUUCUAAUCUCCGGUCCGGUGAGAUAGAGAAAAUCCAAAAAAUUCAAAGAUCGAAGAAGAAGCAGAGGAUUCAAAAAAAAGCAGAGGAGAUAAAAAAAAAAAAAAGGAUUAAGCUUUUUCUCCAAUCUAUGGCUUCUAUGACCGAGAAGGAAGCUAUGGUGGAUCCUUUUCUGGUCGAGGCUCUUCAGAAUCCUCGUCAUCGUCUCACCAUUUUGCGGAUGGAGCUUGAUAUACAAAAGUUCUUUCAAAACCCUGAGCAGCUUCAGUUCGAAUUAAUGCCGUUUCCAACAUCCUACCUUCGUCUUGCUGCACAUCGAGUUGCUCAGCAUUAUGGACUAGUAACCAUGGCUUUAGACAAUGGUAUUGGUGCUGGAGAUGGAUCCGAGAACAGAAUCCUGGUGACAAAAACAGCUGAAAGUAGAUUUCCUUGUGUCUGCUUAUCUGAAAUCCCUGUGAAACAACCUGAGAAUGGUAAACCUGAGGGUUUUAAAAUCGCAAUCAAGCCUAGACCUAAGAGAGGAUCUGGUUGUGGUGGUAGUGGAUCAGAAGUUCAACAGAAUCUUUUGAGAAGUGUUGAGGAGAGGAAAGAAGAGUAUGAUAAAGCCCGGGCUCGGAUCUUUAACAGCCCUAGCAGUUCUGACUCUGAAGAUUCUUCAUCACUACGACCUCCCCCUCCUCUUGAAGGGAAGGACAACACAUGUAUAAACCAGAAUGAGACUGAAGUGGCGGUUAAUAAUAACAACCCUGUUGUUGAUGCUGUUACUCGAGAUUCUGGAAGGACUUCUCGAGUUGCCAUUAUCAGAGAUAGAGAGAAAGAUCGAUAUGACCCGGAUUAUGACAGGAGCUAUGACAGGUACGUUAGAGUUAUGCCGUCUGGCCAAAGCUUCAAUCCAAUACCGAUCCACUUCCCGUUUCACGAUGGGGUUUUCCCUCAGAUGCCAAGAGGUCAUCAAGCCAACUUAAACUACGGGCAUCCGCUUAACCCUGCUUUGAGUCCCUUUACUAAUAAUCCGGCUUCUUAUACAACUUGGCCAAACUCACCCUCUCUGAACUAUGCACAGUCGUUGAAUGGUCCAGACACAAAUCUUUUCAGGUAUCCUUCUGCAAGCAAUCCCUGACGGAAAGAGUGGUGGUUGUUUGAGUACUUCAAUGUCUGUAUGAAAAGCAGAAUUCUAAUAGAUAUUAUUAGCCUUUAGGAGCUCUCUGUUUCUGUUCCGAACAAUGGCUUCUUCUUUCUUAUAUAACAAGACAUCAUCUUCUCUUUUCCUUUGAAUUAUAUUAUUAUCAAACUUUGAAUGAA